GUUUUUAUCUUUUUCUGUGUGUGCGCCGCAUAAAUCUUUUUUGCUGUUAAAAUAAACUAAAUAAACAAAGUAAUAAACAUUUUGAUGCUAGAUAACAUGUUAAAAAGUAUUUAGUUUAAACUUUGGCACUCAACAAAAUGCAAGCUGAUAUCAAGGAAACUCCCCAAGAAGAAUUGGAAAAACUGAUUGUGGUCACAGGUUUUGGACCCUUUAUAGGCCAUGAGUCGGUGAAUGCCAGUUGGGAGGCGGUUCGUUUACUGCCAGAUGAAAUUGUGCACCAAAAUACUGCCUAUAAAGUGGAAAAAGUAGAAGUACCUGUUGAAUAUGAAGCUGUUGAUAAUGCUGUCGAAAACAUAUGGUCGCGACGCCCCACAUUAGUUAUACACUGUGGUGUACAUGGCAUGGCUACAUGUGUAAAUGUAGAGAAAUUGGCCUAUAAUAACAAUUUUAAAAGGGCCGACUAUGCCGGCAAACAUUUGCCCAAUGCCAAGGCCUGCUUAAAAAAUUGUCCGGCCAAAAAAUCAGCCAUAUUUUGUAAACUAAAUCUUAAGAAAAUCAUCGAGGUUAUUAGUGACAAUUGUGGCUGUACACCGGACUAUGUAAAAGAGUCUCAGUCAUCAGAUGAAAAUAUUAAGAUUGCCAAAAUUUCCAAAGAGGUGGGCAAUUAUUUGUGUGGUUAUAUUUAUUUGAAAUCCUUGGAUCAUGAUUGCUGUCGUACAUUAUUUGUUCAUGUGCCACCAUUGGAUAAACCCUUUAGUGCCGAAAAACUAAGUGAAGUGGUUUUAAAGAUAACCGAAGAAUGCCUGAGACAAGUAUUAGAAGAAGGUAAUGAUAUAAAAAAGUAAUUUCUUUUUAGACUCUUGACUAUAUUUCAAUUGAGGCAUACACAAUGAGAUCAUCGUCAUAUACCAGGAAAAUACAGAUCUAACGAAUUUGUGGGCAAGCAGUUACUGCUAAAAACAAUGGCAUACUUUUGGGCUGCAUCAUAAAUUGUGUACACCUCAAUUUUAAUAACUGAAAUUUGUAUAUAUUUUUUAUACAUAAAUAAAAUAAUGCUAAUAAAUAGAAAAAAAAACUUAAAAA